AACGUCACCAUACAACAAAUGUUUUGGCACCAAAACCAAAAUCUUGAUUUAUCUUCAUAAAUACAUUAUGAUGAUGUGAUGUUAAUUUAAUUAAAAAUAGAGUUAACUCGGCAUAAUAUUGUUAGAUAUUAAAUUAAAACAGUGAUUUAUUCUUAGGUACAUUUUAGAUGUACUUUAAAAUACACUUAUUGUAACAUAUUGUAAUGUGUGCAAAGUCUAAUAGGGUUCCUAUAGACAUAGUAUAUAUAUUUUUAUUUUCAUUGUUGUAAGUUGUAAGUUGUAACAAUCUUAAUAGACAAACAUGGAUAACUUACCUGCUGAAAUUUUAAUGCAAAUCUUACAAUAUGUAGAAACAUUUGAUUUAAUCCAAUUGUGUAGGAUAGAAAAGUUUAAGGUUUACUUAAAAGAAAGGAACUUAAUAAGCAUCUGUGAUUUAUCAAAAAGAUAUGAAAGCAGCGACAUGAAUCUCUUUAUGAUAAUUAAAUACGAAAUGGAUAGAGAUUUCAUAAAAGUACUCAAUAUUAAUGGAAUUUAUUGGAUUCCUGCAGAGAAGCUCAGAAAGCUUAUCAUUUCACUUAAUAAUCUGGAAGAACUUCAGGUGAUCGAUACAAAGUUAGGAUUUUCAGAUACAGACACUGAAUUAUAUGAAAAGCUGAAGAAAUUAGCAGUUUGUGUCGAUCGUCUGGGAUUAAUGGCUUCUAAAGAAAAAAGGUUUAAGUCUUUAAAAAUGCUUUUUCUUAAAUUCAUCUGUAAUAAAGUCAAAUGCAGUAAGGUCAUGGAAGUGAAUAACACUACGGCAGACUUCACUUAUUUCAUACGCAUUAAUCAUCAAUUAGAGGAACUCUGGGUAGAAGACAUGAACAACUUACGCAUUUUACCAGCAAGUUCACGAGUUAUUUCUCACAAGAAUUUAAAAAAAAUCGUUUCACGAAUCGGAUGUUACGAUGAAAUGAUGGAAUGGGACCGUCUUUUGAACGACGACGACGAUGAUUAUGCCUAUCAUCCGUCUUAUUUCCCUCGGCUAACUUUCAGGAAUAUGGAAUUAGAUAUAAACAAUGAUAUAAUAUAUAAAAACUUUAAACCCACUGUUCCACGACCUCACGGAGACUGCUGGUUAAGUUUUCAGACAUUCUAUAACAAUAAACCGUGUGGACCUACAUUAGUUGAGUUUAAAUUUUCUGCUCAAUCCAUAAAGAACAAUAAGAUUUACGAGCUUGCUUUACACCCUUGUUGUACACACCCAAAUAUUUGUAACCCACCGUGUAAAAAAGAGGCACAGGAGAUUCUUAAAUCAGAAAAUUGUGUAGAACUGAGACGAUUGCGUCUGACAACCGAUAUUCUUGAUGAAAUUAAAGAUGAUACAACUGAAACGAAGGAAGAUUCUUUAGAGGUUACCUUUAAGAAGAGACGAGUCGGUGUUUCUGAAGAAAGCGGGAAUAAUUUUUUCGAAGAGAUUUCUCAACAUCUGAAAUUUCUAGUGGAACUGGAAAUAACAUCUGGUAAAGAUCGAAAAAUGUCUCCGUCCGUCCUAAACGCCUUUGCGUCUCUACCGAACUUCACAAACCUGCAGAGGCUAUCAAUGUUUACACCGCCGUUGUUGAGCGGAUCGUUUUUCCCGAAGUUUUUUCAAGACUGUACUCAAUUGAAAAGUCUGAACAUCGAAAUGAAAGUGCCAAAUAUACCAUUUAUGACUAACUUAUUCAGUGGUUUAAAAUAUGCGACUCAAUUAAGGGAUCUCAGGUUAGAUGUUCCAUCCAUUAAUAUGGAACGGCUCAUGAUUGAGCUUUGCAACAUCCCCACAAAGAAAUUGUUACGGUUAGUUAUUAUAUCGCACAUUCAAGACACAAAUCAACGAACUCAGGCCAUAUACGAAGAUUUUUUCCAAAAAAAUCCUCAACUGGUUUUAUUUUAUGUAAUUCCUUGUCCAGAAACAUCUAAAUAUAUAUACAAGAUUAUAAAUGAUAUUAAAAAAGUAUAUAAAAAAGGACACCAAAAAGAAAAUGUUGCAAAAAUUAUUUAUAUAUCUGAAAAGGAUCAUGUAGAUGAUACAGCAUUUGCGCAUUUUGAUUUCAUUAAAAACAUUCCACAGAUAGGCCGAUUAAAUUUCGAUGCAUUUUAAAGGCUGUAUGUCACUUUAUGUCAUAGUGAACGUGAUAACCGCAUCAAUGGAUAUUUUAAUAGAAAUAUAGACUACGCGCCGGGAUAGGUAAAAUUAGCUAAUCAUUUUAGAGAUAAGGGCUGGUUGUUCGAACACUAAUCAAGAAGUUGAUUAUAAUUAAGUCCCCUUAACAACUAUCAUAUAACACCCCUCAUUCAUGCGUCAAUCAGUUGAUUGUAAUCAAUUAUGUUAAUUAUCAUGAUGAUAAUUAACAUAAUUGAUUGAUUAAUUAACAUAACAAUUAUUAACAUAAUUGAUUAAUACAUCUCAUAAUUGUAAUCAAUUAUGUUUAGUUGAUUCAAUUUUUGAUUAGCGUUCGAAUAACCGGCCCUAAGAGUCUAUAACUUAAAUCAUCAUCAUAAAUCAGUCAUUCGCAUCCACUGCUGGACAUAGGCCUCCCUCAGUUCUUUCCACUGGGCCGCUUGUAGUCUGUUUCCCGCUUUUCCAUUUAUGUCGUCGGUCAAUCUAGUCGGUGGUCGGCUUCUUUUAUAGUUUCUGGGCCUCCAUUCCAUGAUUCGUCUUGUCCACCGUCCAUCUUGUGUUCUAGCUAAGUGGCCUGCCUAGUUCCACUUAAGGGUUUUGAUUCUUUCGAUGAACUCCUAAGGGUCUUGAACUCCUGGUCUUUGCCUGAUUUGUUAGUUUGUUAUGUGGUGUCGAAGCAUUGGACGUUCCAUGGCUCGUUGUGUAACUCUGAGUUUAUUUGCGGAUUUUUGUGUCACUGUUAAAGUUUCUUAAUGUUGUUCUGAAGCUAUUUCCUUAUGGCAUUUUUAUAAUCAACUAUUUUGAAUGGGAAAUAAGCCACAAUUUUACCAAAACAAUUAUUUUAUUAACGUUUCGACGCCCAAGUCGGGUGUCGUUGUCAAAAUACAAAAUAAUACUAAAUUAAACAAAAAUGUUGUUGCUUAGUAAAAAAUUCUUCUAAUAAUUUAUUUAAUCUGACUCAUUUAUAUCGGCAAUUCAGACAUGUAUUAUACAUUUUAAAGUAGAAGACUUUAAAAUGAUAUUGCCAAUAUUGAUGAGUUGCGUUCCUGGGACGACUUUACUAAAAGAUAGUUCAUUUGAUUACAUGAAAUUAACUCAACUCAAGAAUAUCCGCCACAAAAAAUCAUAGCAUGUGAUCUGUCUUUAAAAAGACAACCAAAUGCAACGGUGGCAGUAAAAUUCUCGCACUAGAGACUCGAUAGUAAAUCACGAGGGAAACCCAGGAAAAACCUCGUGAUACUAUCCCGACAUCCUAAGUAUUUGUGCUUACAUUUAGUUUACUCUCAAAUCUAAUACCAAAUCCCGACUUUAAUAUAUGCCAUUUUAAAUUAUAAAUAAUAUUAUUACAGUAGACUCGCGAUUAUCCGAGGUAACUGGGACCGUGACUACCUCGGAUACGGAAAAACUCGGUUAACACUGACAUUGGUUAUAUUGAGAGAAAAACACGUGAAUAAUCAUAAAUGUGCAAAUGUGGAUAUUUUAAUGACAAAAUUAAUACAGUACUGUCUAUAAAAGAUAAAAACAUUUACCUUAAUAAUGUUACUGUUUAAAAAAGUAUUUGAUUUUGCAUAAGCUUUGCUCGUCUUUUUGAUUAUGAGGCGGCGAUGUUGCGGCAUGGUUGAAAAUUGUAACUCACCUGUUCUGACUUUUGCCUCGGUUAACCGAGGGGCUCGGAUGACCGAGACUCGGAUAAUCACGAGUCUACUGUAUUUAUAAUUUUUGAAUUAUAAAUUUGGAAUUUGGUAUUAGAUUUAAGAGUAAACUAAAUGUAAGCACAAAUACUUACGAUGUAGGGAUAGUAUCACGAGGUUUUUUCCUGGUUUUCCCUCGUGAUUUACUAUGGAGUCUCUAGCGUGAGAAUAGCAACUGCCACCGUUGCACUUGGUUCUUUUUAAAGACCGAUCACAUGCUAUGAUUUUUUGUAGCGGAUAUUCUUGAGUUGGGUUGAUUUCAUGUAAUCAAAUGAACUAUCUUUUAGUAAAGUCGUCCCAGGAACGCAAUUCAUUUACAAAAUUAGUAUUUGAUUUUUCAUUAUUGUUAUUACUACUACUACUACUACUGCUUAUACUCCCUAUACUACCAAUAUUUCCACCACCCAUCCUAUUUCUAUUAUUAUGUUUAUUUGAAUUCCUAAACCUAAUUUUAUCACUAAUCAAGUAUAUACUUUUAUUUUCAUUGUCCAGUGUAUUUGCAAUUUCCUUGUUUUCUGAUCCUUGUCUGGCCUCUACUUCGUCUCUUCUCUGUCGCUCUGCUAGUGUUUUGGACUCGCUACCUCCACUACUUUUUCCUCAUUGUAGUUCCAUCUCCAUUCCUUACCAUCCACUGUAAUUUUGUUGUACCCAAUUUUCACUGUUUUUGCUUUAUCUCUCAUCUCCCUUGCUUUGUCUCUUAGAGAUUUUAUCUUUUCUCUCUCUUUUUUUGUAAGGUCCUCUGUUAUCCAUAUUUUCUUGGGUUCAACAUUCUUUAGUUUGUUCCUAUUUCGUAGAAUGGCUGUUUUUUCUUCUCCGUUUCGUAGUUCUAUUAAACAUGUUCUAAUUCCAAUCUUACAUGCUCUUUUAAUAUUAAUAUUUGCUCCUAAAUGCUUUCCAAUCAUAUUUCCUGCUCUUUCUUUCAGUGCUGCUGAAUCGUCAGUAUCUAUUUCUAACCCACUAAUAAUUAAAUUAUUUUUCUUUUUAAGUCUUUAUCCAUUAUUUCUAUUGUUCGUUGAAGCUCUUUUAUAUCUUCUGUUAUCUUUUUAUUUUCUUUUUUAAUCAAUUAAUUUUCUUCUAUCAAGUCUUGUCUUUCCUUAGUCCAUUCAUUUUUCAUUUUUUGGAUUUCUAGUUUUAUAUUAUUUAUUUCUUCAUUAUUUUGUUUUAUCUCUUCUUUUAGUUCUUUUUAUAUCACUUCUGUUCUCCUUAUUUUCUUCCUUCAUUUCUGUUUUAAUCUCCUGCUUCAGUUCUGCUAAUAUUUUCUUUAUUUCAUCCAUUUCUUUUUUUGUCGUCUUUUUGGGGUGGUGUUCUUAUUGUUGACUUACUUUUCUUAAAUGCUUGCUCUUUGUCAAACGAAUUAUCAUGCUACGGUUUGCUCCUUUUAUUGUUCAUUCGAGUCGGAUUAUACCCGUAACCUUAUUUUAUUUAAAGUUGGCGUCAGGCAGUGCCUUCCACCUCGACGGUUCAGAGAAAACACUACCUACCAACUUUAAUUUAAUUUUUCUUCCAAAUGAUUAAAUUUUCCAAAGCCGUCCCUGACUUUUAUGUUUAAUUUUGCUAAAUGACUGGUUUUAAUCUAUUCUCGACAAGUUUUUCUUCGUGGUUUAUUUUAAUUAGUUUUUGAUUAUACAGUGUGUCAAUUUUAAAACUUACAAUGGGCUAUAUCUCACGAACAAAAGCUGAUAUCGAAAAAUGCUUUAAACCGUUUCUAGGAAAGUACAGGGUAACUAAAAUGACAUGAAAGAUAACUCACCCCCAUCAACCCCCUAGGAACAACCCACCAAAACCAAAAAAUUUUAAAUUGCAAACCUCUACUUGUGAUACAUAAUUUAAAAGGCUGUAAAAAAUGCUAUCCAAUGGUAUAAAUAAUAAUUAUACAGGGUGUUAAUAUCAGCUGGCUUACUAUGACUUUUAUAUUUGUAAUGCUAUCUCCCGGACUAUUAUUUUGAACAUAAGUGUCCGUCGAACAUUUUUUUGUUAAAUAAAAACUUAAUUUGCCGUUUUUGCAAAACAAUUUGAAAACAUCUGCUUUUGGGUUCUGUCAGAUUCAAUAAUUUUUGGUUUAUUUGAGACUUUUAUUAAAUGUCAUUAGUUUUCAUUAUUUGUACGAUCGGUACUGUCAUUCAGCUGUAGUUGUCACGAUGGUUUACAGUAUUCCUCGAUUUUUGACCCUUCGCUUCGUUAUCGAACGUAUACGCUUCGUAUCUGUUUAGUAUACGAAACGAAUACGUUCGAUAACGAAGCGAAGGAUCAAAAAUCGAGGCCCUGAACGCGUGGACAUCAUUUUCAUAUUUGCAUCCCUGAACCAGUGUUAUUUACGAACAGCUCAAAUAUUUAAUGAAAGGCAUCCGGACAAAAAUGUAAGUCACGUGUACGUCCGCGAUUUAGUUGAAAAGUUUAGAGAAACGGGAUCAGUGCAAAAUAAAAAGGAUGCUCCAAAAUUACUGAAUGAAGCAUCCCAAAUUGAGGUCCAUGGAAAUUUUGCAAUAAAGCUUACUGCAUCAACACGUCAAGUAUCAGCAAUGACAGGACUUUCACAUGAGUCGGUUAGAAAGGUGUUGAAAUUACAUAAGUUUCACCCGUUUAAAACACAAAUUCUUCAAGAACUAGGAGAUGAUAUCCAUACCGACGAAUUGAGUUUCGUGAACUCACGACUGAAAGAAUUCGCGUUGAACCAAGAUUGUUAAAAAAUAUUUGUUUCACUGAUGCACGUACUUUUAUGCUGAAUGGUAAUGUAAAUAAACAAAACUGGCGGUACUGGAGUGAUGCGAACCCGCAUCAAUUCAGAGAAGGUCACACUCAAUAUCCUGAAAAACUGAAUGUUUGGGCAGGAAUAUUAGGCGAUGCUAUAAUUGGCCCCUUGUUCAUACCAGGCAAUUUAAUUUAAGUGGCGACAUUUAUCUCGAUAUGCUGGAAAACACCAUCAAACCUUUAAUUGUGCAUGAAUUAGAAAACCAAAGAGACGACCAAGGCAACCUAGCUCUAGACGAAGAUUUGCUACACUCCAACAAGAUGGAGCACCUCCUCAUUAUGCAGCUCCAGUUAGGCACUGGUUGGAUACUAAUUAUCCGAACAAAUGGAUUGGAAGGAGAGGUCCUAUUGAGUGGCCUCCGAGAUCACCAGACUUACCGCCACCUGACUGUUUUCUAUGGGGUUACCUAAAUUCAGUUGUUUAUAAAACUCAACCUACGUCACUUGGAGAAUUGCGAGAAAGAAUUACGCAAGCAUGUCGCGCUAUUACUAGAACAUUUGCCAAAGUUCGUGCAGAAUUUGAAAAUAGGCUGUAUUAUUGUUUACAAAACAAUGGAACCCACUUUGAACAUUUAUUUAAUUGACAUUUUUAACAAAUUUGGUAGUUCUACAAAAACCUCAUUAAAUUUUCCAUUUAAGCCAAAGUUUCAUAAUUAUUGCUUCACCCUGUAUAAUUAUUAUUUAUAUCAUUAGAUAGCAUUUUUUACAAGCUUUUCAAUGAUGUAUCACAAGUAGGGGUUUGCAAUUUAAACUUUUUUGGUUGUGGUGGGUGGGACCUAGAGGGUUGAUGGGGGUGAGUUCUCUUUCAUGUCAUAUUAGUUCCCCCUUACUAUCCUAGAAACGGUUUCAAGCAUUUUUCGAUAUCAGCUUUUGUUUGUUCGUGAGAUAUAGCCCAUUGUAAGUUUUAAAAUUGACACACUGUAUGCUUAAAAUAUUAGGUACUGGAUUUUUGACUUUAUGAAUAUUAAUCUAGGCAUACAUUAACUUACAACUUUUUUUUUUGAAGGCUUUUGCGUUGUGUCUUACAUUGCACUUUCCCUUAACUAUUUAUGUUAUUUUUAAGAUUUUAUUAUUUGUUUAUACCACUUAAUUUUUGAUUUUUAUGAGAGCUAAAUUUUUCACGUUGUUCACUUUCGAUUUCCAGGACCGGACCAACAUUUUUGUUUAAUUCAUUAAUAUUUUUUUUAUAUUUUGACGACACCCGACUUGGGCGUCGAAACGUUAAUAAAAUCAUUUUUUUGGUAAAAUUGUGGCUUAUUUCCCAUUGAAAAUGGUUGAUUGUUAACGUUUCUGCUCCAUAAGUGUGUACAGGUAAAACACAUUGGUUAUAAACCUUUCGCUUGAGACACAUGUCAGGCCUAUUCGCCUCUGCAUUUCAUGUGUUUGAUUGUCUCUGCUUAUUUUGAUCUCGUGUCCCAGAUGUUUGUUAUAGAUAUUUUUGUGUGUGUGUCCUAUUUGUUGUAUGGUAUUAUUGUCAAUAGUUAUAUUUCCAAAAUGUUAGGUAAUAAGGAGUCUAAUGCUCAUAAUCUUUUUGAGGGUUUUAUUAACUACAGUUUGUGUGCGACCGGUUUCGGCGUUUACAAUUUGUAAGCCAUCAUAUCAUUGUACUGAUAUCUUUGUUCGGUUUCUAAGGGCCUGAUGAUGGCGUACAAAUUGUAAACGCCGAAACCGGUCGCCCACAAACUGUAGUUAAUAAAACCCUCAAAAAGAUUAUAAACAUUAGACUCCUUAUUACCUAACAUUUCACAAUGUGCUGAUACCAGCAGCUAGUUCAUCAGUUAUAUUUCCACUCAUUACAAGAUUUUAAUUUUAAUUUAAUUUUUAAUGUAAGUAGUAUUUUGUAUUUUGAAAACGACACCCGAUUUGGGCAUCGAAACGUUAAUAAAAUUAUUUUUUCAAUUUAAUUGUGGCUUAUUUCCCAUCUAAAAAGUUAAUUAUAAAAAUGCCACAAGGAAAUAGCUUCAGAACAACAUUACAAGAUUUGUCAAAAUUUAGUUUUCUCAAAGUUUAUUUUUUAUCUUGAUCUCUCCGACAGAGUUUUAAGCGAAUGCAUCAUAGAAACUGUAUUUUUUAAGUUUUCUGCGAUUAAUACAGAACUUCAGAUGAUUUAACUUUUCUCUAUCUAUAUUGAUGCCCAUAUCUUGCCACUGAGUGUUCUUAAAUAUUGACUCUAGAGCUUCUGUGAACAAUUUUGGUGAAAUAUUGUCUUCUUGUCAAACUUAAAUAAUAAACACUAUUCUAUUAAUUAACGUAUGAGCAUUUUUUUCAGAUCUUUCCAUAAGGUUCGCCAUCUUCAAGAAUGCGAGAAACUUUUUUUGGGACUUUUGGGAGUUUGAACGUGUUUCUCACAUUUUUGAAUGUUCUAAACUAAAGGACUUAGUUACUUCAAUUUAUAAUAUAUUAACCAUAAAAAAAACUUGAUUUGAUAGAAAAUUCCCAAGAACAAAAAAAAAACAGUUUUUCGAAUUUUUUUAAGGUGGCGAAACUUACGGAAAAAUCUUAAAAAAAUUAGAAAUAUAGUUUUUUAUAAAACACGCAAUAAAAGAAAUUGAUCUGUAGCAAAAUAUAUACGUAUUGUGUACAAUACGUAUCUAUAUAUAUAGCUAUUUUUCAAAAAAAAAUAAAAAUGGACAUGUUUUGUAAAAGCCGUGUGAAUUUUUUGAAAUUCUAAAAUUGAUUGCAUCCCGCGCCAAAAAAAAAAUAAAAAUGAAAAAUGACGUUUUUAAUGGUGGGGAGAGGGGUAAAAUUGCGCUGAGUUUUAUUUUUUAAUUACUAUAACCUUUAACUUAUUUAUCCCGUACAUAAGUGGAAAGUUUGAUGCGCCACUGAAAAGUGACGACACAUUGCUCAAACGGUUUCUUUUAGAUUGCACUAUUUAAGUUAUAGACUCUUAUAUUGCCUAAAAUGAUUAGUAAAAUUUACCUAUCCCGGCUCUUCUAGUCUAAUAUGAUUGUGUCAAUACAUCAUAUUGAAAGAUAUUUUUAUUUAUUGUCUAUGUAAGUACAUAAAUAAUUUUAAGAACGACUGAGUUUCGAAAAUAAGAACUCAAAAUGAGUAUUGAAAAUAAAUGUAACUUCGUCUGACAAAAUAAAUUUUUUUCGAACA